AGUCUGGUGUCGUGUUACUGCGCUUUUUCUUCUCUUUAUUAAAAUAUCCAUCUCUGGUUCUGUUCUUCCAUAGUUCCAUCAUAGAGAGAGAGAAAGAGAGAUGGAAGGAGAGAGAAGGGUGGGAGUGGCCGUGGAUUUCUCUCCCUGCAGCAAGAAAGCCCUAACAUGGGCAGUGGAGAACAUUGUCCGUGACGGAGAUCAGUUGAUCCUCAUAAACGUUCAGCCCGGAGGAUAUUUCGAGGGGACUGAGAUUCAGCUUUGGGAAGCCACUGGUUCCCCCUUGAUCCCUCUUACUGAAUUUUCUGAUCCUGCGAUAAUGAAGAAAUAUGGAAUGAGGCCUGAUGCAGAGAUCUUGGAUAUACUCAACACUGUGGCCAGGCAGAAAGAGAUUGUGGUUGUUACUAAGAUAUUUUGGGGAGACCCUCGUGAGAAGAUAUGUGAAGCCAUUGAAAAAAUUCCUCUUAGCUGCCUCAUCAUAGGAAAUAGAGGGCUUGGCAAGAUCAAGAGGGUUCUGUUGGGUAGUGUUAGCAACUAUGUGGUGAACAGUGCUGUGUGUCCUGUUACUGUUGUGAAGACUAAUCAUGAAGACUAAUCCUUCAUAUCUUGCAAAAAUGAGAUUUGUGUUCUAGACUUUGAUGAAACCUGAUUUAGUUUCAUGGUAGAUUUCCUAAUUCAUAUGCAUAUGGUUCUACCAUGGAAUCGUCUUAAUUAAUUCCGAAUGUUUUAUCUCUUUUCUUAGUGUGAUGAUCCUUCUGUUGCUCUUAAUCAUCUUAAUAUACAUAAGAACUUAUUGGUGGUUUUGUUUUCUCA